UACCCGAAUGACCGCAUGUCUUCUGAAGAAGGGAAGCUUUUCAUGGAGGGGCUCAGUUUCAACACCGAUGAGCAGGCUCUGGAAGACCACUUCAGCAGCUUCGGUCCUAUUUCUGAAGUGGUCGUUGUCAAAGACCGGGAGACACAGGGAUCCCGGGGUUUUGGUUUCAUCAACUUCACCAACCCAGAGCAUGCCUCAGAUGCCAUGAGAGCCAUGAAUGGAGGUGGUGGGGACCAGGGCUAUGGGAGUGGUAGAUACGACAGUCGUCCUGGAAGAUAUGGGUAUGGAUAUGGAUAUGGAUAUGGAUAUGGAUAUGGAUAUGGAUAUAGAAGGUCCAGAGACUAUGGUGGCAGCCAGGGCGGUUAUGACUGCUACUCAGGAGGAAAUUACAGAGACAAUUAUGACAACUGAGAUGAAGCUUGUGCACCUAAUGUAGAUACACAAGGAAUAAAACUUCUGAUCCAGGAUCAUCCUUCCAAAUGGCUGUAUUUAUAAAGAUUUUUGGAGCUGCACUGAAAAAUCUGUUUAGUACAUCAACUUCUAUUUUUGAAUUGAGCUCCCAAGGUAGCUUGUUACAAAGACCUUGUAGAAAGUUCCAUAU